UUGCGGCAUUGAAAUUAUGACACUCCAAUUACGUCUCAAGACGACAUAAUAUUCGGAAAUGUAAACCGCCUUGGCUUCAUUCAAAUCCCUUCUAAACGACUCAAAAAGACACAGGAACACAGGUAAAUAACAGUACAUUUAUUUUUACUGCUGAUAUAGUGUUCGGGUCCCCAAUGCAAUCGCUCAACGAUUACUGUUGUGAUCGUCUGACUCGUCCCCAGUCGUCUUCAUACAACUUCAUACAGCGUACGGCUCGGGCCGAGGUGGGAGCGCAGGGUGAGAUAGGGAGAUUUACUAGAACCCUUCCCAUCACCCCUUGCUCACCUUGCACGUCACGAAAAUACCACGUGACAACUAUGAAUCUCUAAAUGAAACCUAAUCUGGCCUGACUUGAGAUAGCAGCUACCCACGAAUUUAGCGAACUACCAUGAUCUUGCUCAAUAGGGUGCCGCUUAAUUUAGUCUUAAAUAGCCGAGUGAAGGUCUUCAUCAAAACUCAUAUCUGAUUGUUGUAUUUCACUGACUCCUUUCACGGUUGGACAGGUUCAACAGGUCCUGCAUGCAUAUAAGUAGAGUUUACAGGUACAUCUACUAGCAAAGCAAUUCACACGGUGUAAUCAGAGAUUGCAGUUGAAACUUGAGAUCAUACUUUAUUUGUAGUCAGGAGAAGGUUUGAGUAAUCAACUAGAUCUGUUAUUUUAUAAAAUUUGCAAUGGGUUAUCUCCUCUUCAUGAUUCAGUAUACUAAACACAUUCUUUUUAAAAUGAUGCGUCAGGUCACAUUCGUCAAGAUUUAGCUAGAGGAGACUUGAACUAACCGCUUGAGGCCACUGUACGGGUGUUUUAUCUGUUAUGGAGACUAUAAAACAAACAAUUCCUGUGGGUAAUGACAAAAUAUGAAUCCAUUUGUGUUUUAUUGCGGAUUUUACAGGAUUGCCGCAAGAAUGAGAGGGAUUGGUUUGGCUAUCCUAUCCGUUUUAGCAGCAGUUUCACUUGCAGAAAAGGAACAAUUUAUGUGCCAUAACAAGAUAGACAUGGUAAUUCUCAUGGAUGGUUCAGGGAGCGUAACAAUGGAUCAGUUUAAAGUCGGAAAGAAAUUUGUCGCCGACCUCAUAAAACACUUCGACAUUUCAAAGGAGAAGACGAACGUGGCAAUGGCAUCAUAUAGUCAAUACACCCACACAGGAAGAACGUUUAACGACAAGACUUCUCGAGAAUCUGUUUUAAAGGCGGUAGAUGAACUCCCAUAUGAAGGAGCCGCAAGUCGACUCGACUUUGGAUUUGAUCUUAUAGAAUUUAAACUUUUUGACGCCAAAAACGGGGCGAGGACAAGUAGUAAAGAUGUAAAGAAGGUGGCAGUGUUUCUAUCCGAUGGUUUUAGCACGCGAGGUGUGGAAUUCACAAAAGCGAGUGCCGAUACACUAACAAGAAGAGGUAUAAAGCUGUUUUCCGUGGGCAUUUCUGGUCAUAUUGAUGAAGCUGAACUAGACGAAUUAUCAAGCAAGCCAAGAGAAAGCCACCGACUUAAUAUAGAAACUCCAGGAAAGUUCUUCACUAAAGACCAAGUUGAGCAUUUUGCCAAAGAGAUUUGUAGACACGAAUAACAAAGAAAAACUGCACACGUAGAAUAUCUAGUCUUAAUUGCAAUAUGUGUUCACUUGAUUGCCUGAAACUAAGUUACAACAUGAAAUCAGUCAUGUUGCGAGUGAACGUUAUUAGUUCCAGUCAGGUUUUGUUGUACUGCGUCUCCCUUAAAGGCUCUUAGAAGGGUUAACGCAUUUGCGCAAGCCUUAAUAAACCUGGAUAUGCAAUUGAAGAGAAGUUUAAACCACUAAUGUGUCACUUCUGUCUUUCUGUACGCCUUGCAGUAUUGAAAAUUAUUCAAUCCGAAGUCAACUUUAUUUCACGCUAAAUCAUCGCGGAUAAUUCAAAACAAGGGAAUAAUUUCGCUGGCGAUUAUUGCUGCACCUGCAGAUGACAAACUAAUUUAGGCUUUUGCUUGUCGGUCAUUUCGCAAGAACGCCAGUCACUUGAUCAGCGUUAGCCAUUGUGUCCCAGGCUCUUCUCAUCAUCUUAGGUUUGAACACCUGAAAUGUCCAGAGGACUGACACAAAUCUAUGGCCCAAUGUCAGACCACUGAGUUAACGAAGUACAUACUUUGCCUGACUUAUGCACUGAACUCACUUGGUUCUUCUUAACUGUUCCGACUACAUUAAUACACAACUUCCGUAAAACCCAAACUAAAGUAAUCAUUCUGGCCAAUCACAACAGACGCAGACAAUCCGAUGAACCAAUCAAAACUCAAAGCAAAUUAAUGUAGCUAACGCGAGACGCGGGAAAACGCGUGCAAACGAGUCUUGAUUGGCUUUGAUUUUCAUCUGAUUGGAUGACAAAGUGAUACGGGUCUUUUUAAGCCAAUUGCUUAGCGAAUAGUAUAAUUACUAUUUCGACACACAAGUGAAAACUGUUAUAAAGCUUCAAUAGACGGAAGGUAUAUGAAAAUCCUGAAAAUGAAUAAUAUGGAGAAAACCUGUAAUAUUAAUGCCAAUGAAUUCAAUAAAUCACUGAAUUGUUCAUUUUAUCGCAGACUUAGUGCCGACAUUACAGGUGACAUUACAAAAGUGGUUCACAGAGCGCAUGGAAGCGGACUAGCUAUGUUUAUAUCACAGUGGUACGUCGCGGCGUAGUGUAUAUGUAUGCCUAUACGUUUAAGCUCGUACAACACAAGUUUUGCUGAAAAUGUUUUUCCCCAAAAUACGAAACGCGUAUUUCAACUCUUUUGAAGUUCUCGGGACAUGUGACGAGGAGCAAAUUUUUCAGGGAUCCGAUAUCCUCUCGUAUGAAGAGUACACGAAUUGGCGCUUCAACAUAUCGCUUCGUGUGGCAGCAACUUAAGGACGGUGCCUUUUAAAUAUACAAGUCUUUGCACCAGAUUAGGACAAUGUGGAAAAAGUAGAUCUUAGCAAGGGCUAUAGGAACCCAUAAAGAAAACUAGGGCAGCCACGCUUU